AUGGCGUCCCGGAGCCCGGCUGCCUCACGCCCGCUCCGCGCACAGGGCGCCCGCGCCCUCCGAGCCUCCUCCGGCCCACCCCACCGGUCUGCCGCAGCCGCCGGGGCCUCGGCCCGAGGAACCCAGAGCAGCUGGCGCGCGCAGGCCGGGGCGCACGAGACCGCCGCCGGUCCAGCACUCGAUCGCCCCGCAGACCGAACCCCCGACUCCGACGCCGGCCCCCGCGCCCGCCUCCUCCGCCGGCUCCUCCCGGCGCGUCUGGCCGGCUUGACCCCGCCCCCGAGCCCCGCGGCCGCGGCCAACCACAGACGCGGCCCGCUGCACCACUUCCGUACCCGCUCUCACGUGUUGUUGGGGGACAGAAGCACUACAUUCCUCCGGCAUGCCUACGAUGGACAAGAUUUCAUUUCUUUUAAUAAUACCUUUUUCUGGAUGACUACAGAUAAUAUGGCUCAUACCACGAAGCGGACGUGGAAGGCCAGCUGACAUGAGUUAGAAUAUCAAAAUAACUCACUGGAAGAAGAACGUGUUACCCCAUUGAAGAGGUUUCUGGAGUAUGGGGAAGAUACUUGCAAAGGACAGACUGAAGAAGGUCUGAACAGCUUAGGAUCUGGCUGCAAUCUGUGGCCAACUCGGGCUUCUUUUCCAAGGAUUACAACUCCUUUCUGCAGAGUUCAUGGCUUCUUCCGUGCCACCCACCCCCCUCAGAUUUGCAUGAUCUGGUUGAAAAAUGGGGAAGAAAUUGUCCAAGAAAUAGUUUAUGGGGACAUUCCUCCCAGUGGGGAUGGAACCUAUCGGACAUGGGUAUCAGCUGAGCUGGUUGCUCGGAGGGGCGACCUCCACUCCUCCCAUGCAGACUGUGGCCUCUGCAUGGUUCUUCAGGUCCCCCAGGGACCAGCGAGGAGCCACAGUGAUGCCCGGACCAACCACGGGUUUUCUGAGUAG